AUGGAUCCUUCUGCAGGCCUAAGAACCAGAGUUAUCACCUACUUAUCAGUGACUAUUGGCUGUGAUGACUACCUAGGCUCUGACAAAGUCGUAGAUAAAUGCGGUAUCUGUGGCGGAGACAACACAGGCUGUCAGAUUGUGUCAGGAGUGUUUAAACACACCCUCACCAGCCUGGGCUAUCACCGUGUUGUUGAAAUCCCACAAGGGGCCACAAAAAUUAACAUCACUGAGAUGUACAAAAGCAACAAUUACUUGGCCCUUCGAAGCCGAUCGGGUCGUUCCAUCAUCAAUGGAAACUGGGCAAUUGAUCGGCCUGGUAAAUAUGAAGGCGGAGGGACAAUGUUCACCUACAAGCGCCCAAACGAAAUCUCUAGCACAGCAGGAGAGUCGUUCUUAGCUGAGGGUCCCACUAAUGAGAUCCUAGAUGUCUAUAUGAUACACCAGCAACCCAACCCAGGUGUCCACUAUGAGUAUGUUAUCUCAGGAACUAACGCCAUUAGCCCACAGCUGCCACCUCAUAGGAGACCAGGAGAGCCUUUCAAUGGACAGCUAGCAGUGCCAGAUGGAAGGAAUCCAGAGGGAGGAGAAGAGAAAAAGGAGAAAUUUCCCAGUGGGGAGAUGGAAAUAUUUACUGAAGACACUGCCCACACCUUUCCAGUGAGACAGCCUGAAAGAUUCCCCCCCCACCAGCCAGACAAUUUGGUCCCAGUUCUUCAACCACCACGGAGAAGCAGAGACCACAACUGGAAGCAGGUUGGGACAACAGAGUGCUCAGCUACCUGUGGAAAAGGAUCACAAUACCCAAUCUUUCACUGUGUGAGUAGAAGUUCUCAUGAAGAAGUUCCUGAAAGCUACUGUGAUCCCAGCACCAAACCUACUCCUGAGGAAGAAGCCUGCAAUAUUUUCCCUUGCCCAGCCUUCUGGGACAUAGGGGAAUGGUCUGAAUGCAGUAAAACCUGUGGCCUUGGAAUGCAGCACCGCCAAGUCCUCUGCCGCCAGAUGUAUGCCAACAGGACCCUAACUGUACAACCAUACCGCUGCCAGCACCUGGAGAAACCAGAGACCACCAGUACUUGCCAGCUGAAGAUCUGCAGCGAGUGGCAAAUCCGGACCGAAUGGACCUCGUGUUCGGUACCAUGUGGUGUGGGACAAAGGACCCGAGAUGUGAAGUGUGUCAGCAACAUUGGAGAUGUGGUGGACGAUGAAGAAUGUAACAUGAAGCUCCGGCCAAAUGAUAUUGAAAACUGUGAUAUGGGGCCCUGUGCCAAGAGCUGGUUCCUGACAGAAUGGAGUGAAAGGUGCUCUGCAGAAUGCGGUGUUGGAGUGAGAACACGUUCAGUGGUGUGCAUGACCAACCAUGUCAGCAGCCUGCCCUUGGAGGGCUGUGGCAAUAACAGACCAGCGGAAGUGACGCCUUGUGACAACGGACCCUGUGCUGGCAAAGUAGAAUGGUUUGCUGGGAGCUGGAGUCAGUGCUCAAUUGAAUGUGGAAGAGGAACACAGCAGAGGGAAGUGAUUUGUAUUAGGAAGAAUCCAGAUACCUUUGAUGUGUUGGAUCCACAUGAAUGUUCUUUUUUAGAAAGACCUCCCAGUCAGCAAUCCUGCUACCUCAAACCCUGUGGUGCUAAGUGGUUUAGUACAGAGUGGAGCGUGUGUUCCAAAAGCUGCCAAGGUGGUUUCCGGGUACGAGAGGUACGAUGUCUAUCAGACGACAUGACACCAAGUAACCACUGUGACCCUCAGUAUAAGCCAGAAGAGAAAGAAUCUUGCAAUCCUCAAGACUGUGUCCCGGAAAUUGAUGAAAACUGCAAAGACAAAUAUUACAACUGCAACGUGGUGGUCCAGGCCCGGCUCUGUGUGUACACCUAUUACAAGACUGCAUGCUGUGCAUCCUGUACAAGAGUGGCCAACAGGCAGUCAAGUUUUUCAGGGCGCAGAUAAUGCUCUUUCCAGUCACUGUGAGAUUGGACAGAUGUAAGCAGUGUUGUUGUGGGGGCCUCUCAGCAGGCUCUGCCUGGCUCAGGGGACUCACAAAUACAAUUUAAUCAUAUCCCUUCAGUUAGGUAUAAUGGGAAAGGGGUAUCUGGGAGUAUGUUAGAGUUGGGAAAAGGAUGCUCUCAAGUGAUGCCUCAUGCUUCAAACAUUCCCAUUGGUUAAUCCUAUCCUGUGUGCCCAGCAUCAGCCAAAGGUCCUCAUGAGAAAUGUGCAGCCAAGCUGUUAUCCCAACACAUUCCAAACAGACAGUGCUGUUGACAAAGUGUUUCGUGGCUCUUGGUGUUUGUGGAAUUUCUAAUAAUUAAUGGACUAUAGAUAGGACCUGGGAGAAAUCAUUUUGUAUCUAUCAGCCUCAUUAAGCUUUACUGAGUGACACAUAUCCUUUUAUUUCUGUUAUCUCAGCUUACCCAUGUCUACUUUCCGUCCUACUUCACCAAGGAUCACAUGCCCUCCCCAGGUCAGCAGAUGGCCAAAAUGCUGUAUAGUCUGAUACCUUUUCACCAGGAUAUAAAACACUAAAUGCCCAUGAGAUUUCCAACUUAUAAUAUGAGCAUAUGAGUAGAAGCUAAAAAUUCUCUCCCAAAUUCUUCAUUCCCUGAUACUUUGUCUUCAAAAAUUGAUUUGUCCAUGUUCUCUUCCCCCACCCCACAGGAAUAUACACAAAUCGUACCUAUGUGGCUCUCUUAAGUCUUUUCCAAUGAAGUAAUAUUAGGUAGGGCCGAGAAGUUAGUGAUUUGAUUGGCGGAAAUUUUCACUCUCAUGUUAUCUAUCUACAUAUUCCCUCCUCCCCCAUAGGAAUUUUUCUUCUGUGUCCCACUGACUAAUGGCACAAUUUUAUUUUGUGCUCAAAAAUAGGUUCUAGAACUUAGGGGAAUCUUAGAACCCAACUCUUCCACCCUUUUCUUCUUGCAGAUAAGGGAACCUUAGUCCAGGAGGUGAAGUAAUUCCCCUGAGGACAUGUAGCUGGUAGAAUUGCCAAGGCAGAAUUUGAACCUACAUUGACCAACUCUGAAUUUAAGCCUCUUUCCCUUACUCUACUUUGUGGAGCACCUUACAGUUUAUAGAGUACAUUCUUCAAAACCCUCCUAUGACAACACAACCAUAAUUGACUCCAUUUUAUACAUGAGGAAGCAGAGACUCAGGGAGGUAAGGUGGAAAUCCUGCUCCUGUCACUUUGACCUCUCUGGCCUCAGUUUACCCAGCUAUAAAUCUAUGAUCCUGUGACCAUAUGAACGAAGUCAAAAUAAAGUCAGCAAGGAUUUAUUAAGCACUUACUAUGUUCCAGGUUAAGUAAGUAUAGGAUAUACAGAGAAAAGCAAAGAAAAUCUCUACCCUCAGGGAGAUCUUAUUCAGUGAUUAGACACAUGGCAUAUACAGCAUGCAUGGUAAAGGACUGGGAACUAUGGGGAAUGGCAAAAAGCCUUCUAUAAAAGAUAAGAUUUGAACUGAAUGUUGAAAGCAACUAGAGAAAAGAAAAGGUGCAUGGGGUUCAGAGAACAGAACAUUCCAGGCAUGGACGACUUGCUUCUCAUCACAGGGAUGGAUGGUCAAUAGUGAAGACAAGCAUUCAUGCCCAGGUCUUUGAGACCAAGUGCAGUAUGUUUUUCAGUGCAAAAUUAAAAGCAAAUUACUAAAUAGCAAAAGCCUGAUCCUGAACAUUGUUGUUGUUAAGUCAACUAGUCAUGUCUUCAUGACCCCAUUUAGGAUUACUCCCCAUCUUAUGCCCCUAGAUUGACCUCUUUGACCAAGGGGGUGAGCUUGUGACAGCUUCCCUAAGGAACCAUCUGUUUUCAAAUGCGAAAGACUUCUCCCUCAUUAUGACUUCUCUGGGGUCUUUCCGGAGUGCUUUCUCUCUCUCCACGUCUCCCCUAACCCUCUCCUCACAGGUCUACAUGUAUGCAAAUAAUCUAAAAGGGGCAAUAGAUUCAAGCCCUUCUAGCCUCAAUUUCUCCUUUUAUUCAGAAAUUCACUUGUCUUCUUCCUCCAGUCUAAGACUUGCCAGAGUGAGGCAGGCUCAGGGUGAACUCUCUGAAAAUUCUAUAAUCCAGUAUUUUCCAAAGAGAUUUUCUCCCCCUGUUGAAAAGAAUUUGAAGCUAAAUCAGUUUAAUCAUAGAGGAAGUUUAUCCUAUUGAUAGCCAAGGGGUCUGAGUAUAUUUCCAUUUUCUGGGGAGAAAAAAGAUUCUUACAGCCAAACCUAUCCCACUGGUUCCCAAUAACCUGAAAAUCCUUUUAAUGGAAUUUAGUUGCAGCUUAAAGGAAAUGACAGCAUGGUUUAUGAUUGACAGCAUCCAGUGCUCUCAGGCUGCUUCGAAAAGAGGCUACCCAGCUACUCCUUAGUCUGCCAAGCUGCUCUUCAGCUGAUAUGAUGCAUGCAAUGGCCUUCAGUCACCCUUGUCAGACUCCCCAACCUAUCCCCAUGUCUACUGGCCCAUAGCAAGCUUGUGGUCCCAUAUAUAAAGGCAGUCACCUAAUGGAAUGCUCCUACCCAUAGUUUGCUUAGAUGGAUGUGCUGCUCUAGUGUUUCUCGCAGUCUUAGGAGUUGUAGUCCCCAUAUGCUGUUAGUAAGAUUAGUUUUCUAUUACCCAUAAUAGAACAAAAAGCUUACUGCAAAGGCUCGAUAUGAGUCAGCAAUAUGAUGUGGCAGCCGCAAAAGCUAAUGUAGUUCCAGGCUGCAGUAAGACAAUUAUAGAGCCCAGAGCAAAGAAGUUCACAAGAUCAUGGGGAUACAGCUGGAAGGGACACUCAGAAGUCAUCUAAUCAAACCUUCUUCUUUUAAAGAUCAAGAAACUGAGGCCUAGAAUGGUUAAAUUGCCAAAGUCAAACAUGCAAUAAGAAUUAGAGGCAGGAUUUGAACCCAAAGCCUUUAGCUCCAAAUCUAGCAAGUUUUCCAUUGGUGUACUUUCUCAGACUAGAUCUGGAGUACUUUGAUUCUUGACAGCAUACCACGUUUUUAUUUCAUUUUUACAUUUAUAUUGGUAUCUUUUGUUUUCAUGUCACCUUCAUUUCCACAUAAAUCCCUAUGCCCUUUCAUCCAGAGUCAUCCCUUAUAAUAAGGAAUAAAAAACAAAAGGGGAAGGCAGCGAAGCAGUUCAGCAGAACUAACCAAAAAGAUAAUCAAAUUUGAUAGUCUAUGUAGUGUUCCACACCCAUAGAACCCCACCUCUGCAAAAAAGGGAAGGAGGUUGAUCACAUUUUAGAAGAGACACAGACAAGCUGAAAUGGGAACAUCUAUACAAUUGGCAUAGCUAAUCAAAUUCAAGAUAGAUGAUUGAAAGAGCUGGACAUGUUCUCCCUUCAGAACAAAGGACUAUGGUGGGAAGAAGGGAAGAAAGCUAGCUGUAUAUGCAGGUAUUUAAAGGAUUUUUAAACAAAGGCUUGUUGUCUUUGGUUCCUAGAAGGCAAAAGGGGAAAACAAUACAAGUUAUAGUUCAACAUAAGGAAAAACUUCUUAACAAUGAGAGCUGUCCAAGAGUGGAAUGAGCCGGUUUGGGCUUAGUGAGCUCUCUGUAACUGGCUGCAUAUUGUAAAUUGGAUUCAUGACUUGGGCAGGGAUUGGAUUGGAUUCUAAGUCUAUGAUUCUAUGGCUCAUACUGGACAGCAAUAGACCUGCCAACAACAGGCUGGAGCCCAGAAGUCUGCACAUCAUGAAACUUUACAUGCUGUAAAAGAGAUUAAGCUACAGUCACCAUUGGCUUAGCCUGGUUAGAGAAACAUCUGGGUUGUUCAAGGGGAUCAUAAGCUAUUCCUACCAGAGGCAAAACAGUAGAAUUAUGAGCUCUCUUGGGAAUACCAGCCGAGAAGCCUCUGUGAACAAAGGAGGAGAGAGCUGAUAUGAGCCAUCUGAAAAGUAUAUUCGAAGGAAGAUGGUGAGCAGUUAAUUCCUGCUUCCCUGGUGGUUAGAGUAAGAGAAGAUAGAGUUUAAAUGGUAGCAAGGAAUAUUUAGGCUAAGAAGUAAGCCUAAAGAAGUAUUUCCUGGUUUUUGAGCCCUGGAGGAGACUACUAAUUGAAUUUAUGAUAAUGUGAAGAAUAAGACUCAUAUUUGUUUUUUAGAUGCACUCUUGCAAAGAAGUAAAGAAGUCUGAAAUGAGUCAUCAUCAAUCUCUCUUAUUGAUAAGCUUGGUAGUAGAGAAAUCCUAGGGUAAUAGAUUUAGAGCUGAAGGACAUCUAGCCUACCCCAAACUCCCAUUUUACAGAAGGGAAAACUGAAACCCAAAGAGGCCCAAUAAUGUUCUCAUGGUCACCCAUGUGGUUCAUGGCAGACUGAGCAGAAAAUCUCAAGUAUUCUUCAGAACCCAAUAUAUUCACUGCACCACACUGCCUUUCUUUCCAAGAGCAGCAAAUCAAAGAGUAAAGAAGUUGCAUCAUAGGACUGAGAGCUGGAAGAGAACUUAGAGGUCCUCUAGGUCAACAUUCUCAUUUUAUAGAUCAAGAAACUGAGGUAUAGAGAGAAGGGACUUUAGCAAGAUUUAAAUCUGUGAACCAAUACACUCCAAAAUGUACUUGUGUGAUACCUUUAAUUUUCUUUUCUUUUUUUUAAAGAGUUGCUAACAUCAAGAUUAGAUAAGAUACCACUUACUAGGGUUCUCCCCCACCCCAGGGGUCAAAGAUCCCUGUCUUCCAUAUAACUCUGGGGAAAGAACUUUCAAAAUUCCUUAUCAAGCAAAACAAUUAGCAUUUCUGGCUUCCUUGAGACUUCUUAAGUCAUAGGAGACAGGAAAAAAUCAUUUAAUGAGAAGAAAUCCAGUUAUAAAUAUCCCAUUAAGUCAGAUUUUUUUUGAUGCGACUAUUACUUUAGCAUCAAAAUAUCAAAAGAUGUGGUUUAUCUAGAAGAUGAUAAAACUAUUUAACUGUAAGUAAUGAAAACAAGCUUACCUUCUUCAGGGACUGCUGGUACAUAGUUCAUAAGGCCUACCUUGUGCCCUGACUCCCCAAGGAUAUUCCAGUGCAUUAUAAUUACACUCUUUCUAUCUUUGGGCUAGAAAAAAAGCCCUUGGAAAUAAUAAAACAUACCCUCUCCCCCAAAAGAUAAGGAAACAGAGGCAGAGAAGGAAAGUAACUUGGCCAAGGGUACACAGCUAGUUGAUGGCAGAACUGGGACUGAGCUUAGGUUAGAUGACCUAGGUGCCAUUGUUAUUUUCUCCUGAAGCUCACUACUGCUGUCAUAGAUAUACUAUGUCUUUAUUGCAGGAAAAUGACUCCACACUGAUCUAGGAAAUGUGCCAGUUUCCACAGUGGGCCACAGUAGGAAUUCCCAUUUUCUCUCCCCUUCUUCCUGUUUGCUCCUU